AUGACUGAAGACAAACAACUUUUCCUAUUCGGACAUACACUUCUGGGGAACGAGAAUUUGUUGCUUGAAAGGAUUAAAGAAUGCGCAGAUAAACGAAAUAAAGGCUAUUGCUCUACUUCGCCUGGAUGUACCGUGCUUCGAAAAAUUCCAGCUGAAGAUGUUUUGCAAGUUACUGCUGGGCAUAAUUAUGUUGACUUCCUUCUCCAGGUUUUAGUUCAAAGUAGGGGUGUGGGUUAGUUCUCUGGUUCGGUCACGGAUGCCCCAAAAUUUAAGGUCGGUUCGAGUUUGUAUCUAUUUGGUUCGGUUAAGAAUUUCCGAAGAUUUUCCAAGAGCCAACAACAUAGUUCACAGUACUCCCACCUCUAUUUAUACGUUUCUAGGAUCAUCGAGUCGCUCGUCUUCGUUACGAGAUUGUUGCCAACACUAU